AUGGAUAAGUACCGCAGAGUGCCAAAGCCCAAGGAAGAGAUUGUCAAGAGCGAUGAGGAGAUCCGUGUGACUGCUGCUGGCAGUGUCUCAGCUUACGUUUCCCGCGCUGCAACGGUCUUCAACGACCUAGGCAAGUCCUUCGUCAUCAUUCAGGCGACCGGCAACGCGCUGACCAAGGCUGUUACUACUGCUGAAGUCAUCAAGCGCCGAUUCAAGGGUCUGCAUCAGAUCACUAACAUCGGCACCACCGACAUCGUGGACGAGUACGAACCCAUUGAAGAAGGCCUGGACAAGGUCGUCGACACGCGCAGCGUGUCCGUGAUCGAGAUCAAGUUGUCCAAGGACGCCUUGGACACAUUGGACAAGGGCUACCAACCGCCUCUGGACGAGUCCCUCGUGAAGGAGUACACACCAGACGACCGCCCAGCUGGAGGCCGCGGAAAGGGUCGCGGAAAGGGCGCGGGACGCGGCAAGGGUCGCGGAAAGGGAGGAAAAGGAAAGGGCAAGGGAAAGGGAGAAGGUAAAGGCAAGGGCAAGGGAAAGACGACCACAUCAAAGGGAAAAGGCAAAGGCAAAGGAGAUUCUAAAGGAAAGAGCUCCAGCAAGGGCAAGGGAAAGAGCCGAAGCUACGACGACUAUGAGGACGAUUAUGGCUACAGUGGCAAAGGCAAAAGCAAGGACCUGCUCAAGCUCCAAGCUGACCAUGAGGCCUCGCUGCAGGACAUCGCGACCUCCGAUGCUGACAUUUCAUCGUGGAGGUCGCACUGGGACGCAGAGAACAACGGCCGUGAGGCCCUGGAGAAGGAUUUCAACGCUGCAAAGCAAGCUUUCAAUGGCGAGCUUCUCACUCUUCAGGCUAUGUGCAACAUGCUGAGCGGAUGCAACGAAGAUCUGGAGCAGGAAAUUCGCCAAAUAUCAGGGGACUUGGUGCACAAGCGCCGUGCGACCAGGAGUCGUGAAGUUGAGAGCACGACGCGACAGGCCGCCGCUGAGGCGCAGCUCAAGGAGUCUCAGGAGCUGCUGGUAAGCUGCCGAGAGCGCUUGCGAGAAGUGGUGGACCAGCGAGCUCGCGUGGCAUCAGAGGCCGAGGCACAGCGUCAGCAGGCCAUCGAGGUGUUGUCCGUCAUGGAAAGGAAUCUGGAGAACCAGGUGCAAAUCCUUUACACCGACCGAGAGCGCUACGAAGCCGUGCUGCUGAAUCAUCGGAAGGUGCAUGGGCAGGCGAAGGAAGAGUGUGAGCGCGAGAAGGAGCUCGCUUCGGCAGCGCUGAGGCAGGCCCGAAGUGAAAGUCGACAUCGCUUGGAAGGCAUGGAGAAGGAGAAGAUGAGGAUCGAGGAGAGCAGAAGGAGCGAGCUGGCCCAAGGCCACGAGGGUUGCUUUUUCAGAGCCAUUCCAACACCUUUGCCUGUCCGCUUGCUGCGGUGCUCGACAAUGCCGUACCCUUUCCUGAUUUGGGCAGCCGCCUUCUUUGUAAUUCCGGCGAUUGGACUGGCCAUGGGCAUGCUAUGGGCAGCUUCCAUGAUAGGUCUGGUCUUCGUAGUGACCUAUGUCGUUCUUCAGACACUUAAGAUGUUUGCGCAGCAAGUUCCGGUUGUGCGCGAUUUGCUCCCUGAUGAAGUCCCCGCUGAGGAGCUCUCAGCGCGACGUCUGGCGGCUGAAGCCACAGCCGAAAGGGUGGCCGCCGAAAUCGAGGCAGAGAUCCAGGCCGUGGCAGAAGCUCAGGUUCUGCUGCCUGCUUCCCGUGCCGAUGCAGCUGAUAUGAUGGAGGAGGCGAAGAUGGCUGUGACGGCUGCCCGUCAGCAGCUGCAAACUGUGGAGGCGGAAGCGAAGCAGCAAAGUGGCGGAUGGAUGGCCGUCUGCGAUGCGCGCGAAAGAGUUCGCAGAGCGGAAGUGGACCUAGCAAAGGUCGAGUCCGUGGCCCGUCCAAUGCUGCCGUUUGGCGAAAGCCUCUCCAAGGAGCCGGCCACAGCGGAGAAAUCAGGGACCUUGGAGGUUCCACAGACUGCCCGCAGCAAUUCUCAGCGGCUUGCGGUGCAGAUGUCUCAUCGGAGCUUUUCCAGUGCUGCCACACCCCUGCGGAUACAUCACGCGGCUGGUCUCGCGGGAGCCAGCAGGAGCGCAUCCAUCGCCGCAGACGUCCUGCCACGGGCGGCCCUGGUACUUCGCAAAUACGUGGACCACCGGCAACAGAGGGUGGAGGACAUGGAGCAGGACGUAGAACGAGUACGAAGCCGACUUGUCGAAAGCGAGACCAGCCUCGGCUUCCUUCGCCAGGAAUGCCACCGAGAGGAGAGGGAAAACCAGCGCUUGCAGCGAGAGCUGGAAGACGAGGUUCGGCUCAUGGAAUCGCAGCUGGAGCGAUUUCGCCGCGAUGACACCACCUUGGCGAAGAACUGGGAGGCUCAGCGCUUCCGGGCGGAUCAGGAGCGCCGAGAUGUUCAUCAAAGCCUUGGGGAGCCUGUGAUCGGUGCUUCUUCCCCCGCACAGACCGGCUCAGGGAGACGCUGGUCAUCCUCGGAGCCAGUGACAGCCCGGUAG